AAAAUUUCGCAAUGAAGGAAAAAAAUAUUUUUCUUCAUAUUUGGUAUUAAGUGGUAACAAAAGUUCUUAAACAAUAACAAAUGCAUAGAGACAAAGUUCCAUUUUCAAAUUUAUCAUAAUAAUACCAUUCUUAGUUUUUAGAGUUUUUCACCAUAAACAAACAUGUUAUAAUUGCCUGAUAAACAAUUAAUUAACCAAAAAUUAUAAAACAAUACACUUUUUCAAAAAUAGUCCCCCAAAACAUGGGGGUAAUUCCUAAAUUAUUCAAGGUAAGGAUUAAUGCAAGUAAAACUUAAAUUUAUGAACUCCAUUUUUAUGUCCAAAAAAGAACUCCAUUUUUAUGUCAAAAAAAAAAAAAAAAAAAAAAUUUGAAACUAAAAAAAAAUUGAAAAAAGAGACAAAAAGGCCAGCAGCUGUAAAAAUUAGCUUUAAAUAUUCAAAAAAAGCCUGGAAAUUUCUUUCUGUCUCUUCUACCUCUUCCCUCCCAAUUCCCAAUGACUCAUAUGAUGGAGAAUUUGUUUGGCUGACUCCACAAAAAUCCCUUCCCUACACUACACUCUUCUACUCAUCACUAGAUAAAUCAAGAAUUUUAUAUUUUACUCUUAUUAAAUUCAGCCAAACAAAUUUAAGGUCUAAUUUCUUUUUCAUUUAUUCCCUUUAUUAAUAUCUUUUCUUGCAUUUUCUUGUUAAUAAGGUUGAACAAGAAUAAUGGUUUCAUUGAUAAUUCCCAAUGGAUUACAUUCAAACCCAUUAUUUAUCAAAAAAUUCCCAAAAUCAUCUUCAAUUUCCAUGAAAAAUUCCAUCAUUUGUUUUGAAUCCCAAACCUCAAAAUUCCUUACCCCUUACAAUUUCUUCAACAAAUUAUGGAAACCCAAUUCUACAAACAAACGUUGUUUCAUUGUUCAACCACCAAAGGCGGCCGUGCCGCCGCCGCCGCCUUUCGGGGAAAAAUGUAAGGGCAGGAUCCCCAUGAGAUGGAGAAUUGGUGAUGAGAUAAUUGUUGAAACAAAGAUUGGUGUUAGCAAAAAUGAUAAUACUAUUAGUAGUAGUAAAAAUCAAAUGUUGGUUUUGUGUGGAUUGGGUUAUUGGGUACAAGGGUUUAGGUGUUUUCCAUGGUUAGCUCUUAAUUUUCAUAUGGCACAAAAUCUGAAUUAUGAUCCUUCAACUUUACAGUGGGUGCAAUAUUGUGGUAUUCUUCCAAUGGUGGCUAAACCCUUUUAUGGGAUUUUAUCUGAUGCUCUUUAUAUUGGUGCUGCUCAUAGAAUUCCUUAUAUUUGUAUUGGAGUUAUCUUGCAGGUCUUUUCAUGGGGACCGUUAUCGUUAAUUCCAGUUGUGGGUGAAGCCUUUCCUACCCUUAUGGCAUGCGUUCUUCUCAGUAAUCUUGGUGCAGCUGUCACAGAGGUUGCACAAGAUGCUCUUAUUGCAGAAUAUGGACAAAAACAUAAAAUUGUUGGGCUACAGUCCUAUACAUUCAUGGCAAUAGCAGUUGCAGGAAUUCUAGGCAACUCGUUGGGUGGUAUACUACUAUCGAAAUCGCAUCCAAGGACUCUCUUAUCUAUCUUUACACUCCUGCUGUCUGUUCAACUUCUAAUUUCUAUAUCAACAAAGGAGGAGUCCCUUGGUUUAUCAAAGCCUCUAAGUACUAUUGUUGAACAAAGUUCAAGCUUGAGCAAUAUAAAGAGACAGUUUUCUGAUCUUCUAGUUGCUUUGAGUGAUGAUAAGAUAUCUCGUCCUCUAUUUUGGGUUGUAGCUUCUAUUGCAAUGGUGCCAAUGCUCACAGGAUCUAUCUUUUGCUAUCAAACACAAUCCCUUAAUCUUGACCCUUCAGUUAUCGGUGUUUCCAAGGUAAUUGGGCAGAUGCUGCUCUUAUCAUUAACUGUGCUCUAUGACCGGUAUUGGAAAAAUAUUCCCAUAAGGAAAUUGAUUGGCAUAGUGCAAUUCUUAUAUGCCUUUUCUCUCCUCCUUGACCUUGUUCUAGUCACACAAAGCAACCUGAAGUUCGGAAUACCAAACAAUGUUUUCGCUUUGUGCUUUUCAGGGUUGGCUGAGACCAUUGCUACUUUUAAAACAGUACCAUUUUUUGUGCUUAUUGGGAGCUUAUGCCCUUCAGGAUGUGAGGCUUCAGUCACUGCGUUCUUGGCCUCAGCUUUAACUUUGUCAACAAUUGUUAGUGGUUUUUUUGGUAUUGGAUUGGCUUCUGUACUUGGUAUAACUUCUGACAAUUACACUAGCCUCUCUGUAGGGAUCAUGCUGCAGAGUUUGGCUGCUUUAGUGCCUUUAGUUUGGAUCAACAACUUACCAAUUUCACAACUUUCCGUUGAAAAGGAAAAGAAGAAAGGCAGGAGUAAAAGGAGCCGAAAAAACAGGAGAGUUGGAAGAGUGACGCUCAACUCAAUCUUUUCUUACCGUCGAAAAAGGGAAUCUGAGACACAAAGAUGACAACAUUCUUAUUAUGUUAUUUAGGAAUAACACAGGAAUAUCCACUUAAGUCCUGAUGACUUGUGCCUCAUGCUUGAACUCCUAAGAGGAUACAAUACAUAUUUGGUUUAAAUCCCAGAAUAGUUCAAAUAUCCCCCAAACUACGCUGGUGCUGAUUUUUGUUUGGGCAACAAGGAGCGAUAUGAUUAUUUUGGUCCAGUUCCUUUCUGCUGAAUUUACAGAGUCAGUAGAUUCGCUACUUGAGUUCAUUAACUAAGUGGGACUCUUUUUUUGGCUGUAAGUUAUAACACCAGUUUAUCUCUAUCUUUGUUCAGUGGUGAAGUUCAGUAUGGAUAGGAUGCUGUUCAUCCAAAUGAACGAAACACACAGUUGAUAUAGAAGAUUCAGACAUCUUGCUCAAAUGAAUCACUCCAGGGCGAUUAAUCAGAUGCACAAUUGGUGUAGAAGGUACAGACAAAUUGCUUGAAGAUCAGUUAGAAGCUGGUCAGAUGCUCAUACCGGAGCUGCCCAGUUUUGCUUCAAUUGUAUAUAUGCACUUCCAUUGAUGACCUGUUGCAUUAAUUUGAGCGAAAUGCCAUAUGCAUCUUGAUGAAAUCAGUCAUUUAGUCGGUUUCGUUUCUUGAUAUUAAGAAUUGUAACUGAUGUUGGAUUCGUUACCAGUAUCUGAUUGAUUCACUUGAGUCCUGAGUCCUGUACAGCACGAAGUUUUGUAUAAUAAUAAGGUUCUUGGUGGUA